AGGUGGGGGCGGGGCGGCGGCGCAGCCGGCACCACCCGGGCCGCCGCUGCCGUGCGCUCCGUUCCCGCGGCGGCCGGCGUGGGCGGGGCGCAGCCGGGGCUGGCGGCGGGCGGCCCCGCGACAUGUAACCAUGGACUGCAGGACCCGGGAAAAUCCAGAAAGAACCUUUGACUUGGUAUUGAAAGUGAAAUGUCACACCUCUGAAAAUGAAGAUCCGGUGGUAUUGUGGAAGUUCCCAGAGGACUUUGCAGACCAGGAAGUACUCCAGACUGUGCCAAAGUUCUGUUUCCCCUUUGACGUGGAAAGGGUGUCUCAGAAUCAAGUUGGACAGCACUUUGCCUUUGUACUGACAGACAUUGAAAGUAAACAGAGGUUUGGAUUCUGCCGACUCGCAUCAGGAGGCAAGAUUUGCUUAUGCAUCCUUAGUUACCUGCCAUGGUUUGAAGUGUAUUACAAGCUUCUAAAUACUCUGGCAGAUUACUUGGCAAAGGACCUGGACGAUGAUUUGAAUGAAACUCUUAAGUCACUCUAUAACCACCCAGUACCAAAGGCAAACAGCCCUGUCAAUCUGAGCGUGCAUUCCUACUUCAUUGCCCCUGAUGUAACUGGACUCCCAACAAUACCCGAGAGUAGAAACCUCACGGAGUACUUUGUGGCCGUGGACGUGAGCAACAUGCUGCAGCUGUACGCCAGCAUGCUGCACGAGAGGCGCAUCCUCAUCACCUCCGGCAAACUGAGCACCUUGACUGCCUGUGUCCAUGGAUCUGUCGCCCUGCUCUACCCCAUGUACUGGCAGCACAUUUACAUCCCCGUGCUUCCCCCACACCUGCUGGACUACUGCUGUGCCCCCAUGCCGUACCUGAUCGGAAUACACUCCAGCCUCAUAGACAGAGUGAAAAAUAAAUCAUUGGAGGAUGUGGUCCUGUUAAAUGUUGACACAAACACUUUAGAAUCACCGUUUAAUGACUUGAACAGCCUCCCGAGUGAUGUGGUCUCGGCCCUGAAAAAUAAACUGAAGAAGCAGUCUACAGCUACGGGUGAUGGAGUGGCUAGGGCCUUCCUUAGGGCGCAGGCUGCUUUGUUUGGAUCCUACAGAGAUGCACUGAGAUACAAACCCGGUGAGCCCAUCACUUUCUGUGAGGAGAGUUUUACAAAGCACCGUUCAAGUCUGAUGAAACAGUUCUUGGAAACUGCAGUUAACCUCCAGCUUUUUAAGCAGUUCAUUGAUGGUCGACUGGCAAAACUAAAUGCAGGAAGGGGCUUCUCGGACAUCUUUGAAGAAGAGAUCACUUCAGGUGGCUUUUGUGGAGGGAACUCAAGGUCAUAUCAGCAAUGGGUGCAUACAGUCAAGAAAGGAGGCGCGCUGUUCAACACUGCAAUGACCAAAGCAACUCCGGCUGUACGAACGGCAUACAAAUUUGCGAAGAAUCACGCCAAGCAGGGCAUAAAGGAGGUGAAGAGUAAGCUGAGACACAAGGAAAAUGAGGACGAUUAUGGGGCUUGUUCUGGUUCUGUCCAAUAUAUGCCAGUGUACACGUUACACAGUGAGAAGGGAGGAAACCUAACAAGGCGUAAGCUCACGCAGCCACACGUCAGAAGGCCUCUUAAGAGCCUGGAUGGAGGUCUGGGUGAUGACGACGACGAUGACAUGGAAAGAGCAAGCAAGUUGUCUUCCGAAGACGGGGAAGAAGCUUCUGCUUAUUUUUAUGGAAGCGACGACUCUCUGGACACGAGAGGGAAGACUGCCUCCUCAGGUGAGAUGGACUUGCUAGGAGAGAUCCUAGACACGCUGAGCACGCACAGCUCGGACCCGGGGAAGCUGGCCGCGGCCAAGAGCCUGGAUUUCUUCAGAUCGAUGGACGACAUCGACUACAAGCCCACGAAUAAACCCAGCGCGCCCAGUGAGAACAACCUGGCCCUGCUCUGCGGUGCUUCUGGCGACCAGGCCGAGUGGCACCUGGGGCAGGAUGACAGCGCCGUCCACGGCCGGCACCUGCCCCCCUCUCCCAGGAAGCGGGCGUCCUCCGGCGCCUUGAGGGAGUCUCUGUUCAGCCUGACGGAGGAGAACAACGAGAAGCCUCUCGGUGGGAGCGGGCCCGCGGAUCCGGACCGGCCAGUCCCUCCCGCAGGCCUGGACGUGCAGCUGGCCCCGCCCGAGGCGGCCCAGACGGCGCGGAAGGAAACACUAAGCCAGACCUCGGACGACCUGCCGGUGCCCAGCCUCGGGCGCCGUCCCUCCACUUUUGUUCCUUGGGAGAAAGAGGGCAGAGAAGCCCAGGAGCCUUCAGAAGGUUCUGGGCUGCUGCAGGAAGUAGUGUCCUUGUGUCACAUAACAUCCGCCUUCCACCAGGACUCAGACGUGACAGAAGGAAAAGCACGGGGAAACCAAGCUUAAAUCAACAACCGGGAGUCAGUGGCUUGCAUCCAGCCGUCUGUGGAGACCCUCUGGGGUCGCACGUAACCUAAACGGCCAUUCGCAGGAAGGACGACUCUUCCGGCCACCUGUUAUUUGUCCCCCCCGCCCCCAACUCGUGGUACCUAGAUCAUUGAUUUUUAAAAGUAAAGCUAAUUCUCCUACUGUGCUCUUAAAUCAGGCACUAGUUUGUAUGUGUGUUGAAAGUGUAUGUUGAACAUCUGAUUUUCCCAGUAACUGGUGCUUAAUGCCACUGAUUUUAUUUCACCUAAGGCUGCGUAUACACCCUUGCACAUCACCGGUAGCUGCCAGUCAUCUGGUUGAGCACGAACCGAACCGGCCAGGAUGGCAGAACCCAUCAGAACUCCCCCGAAACUGCUGACCCACUAACUGCCUUAAUCUUAAGCCUCUAAUAAGUAUUCUUAGGUAAUUUAUGGAAUUACAUGUCAGUUUUGAAAGAUGAGUUACAAGUGUUCUACGGAGCAAUAAUGCCUUUUUCUAGUCAUUGAAUCAAGGACAAAAUUCAUUUUUUCCAAGUUGAAAAGCGCUCUGGUGGACACUGCAGCCUUGUUUUGCAGAAAGUAUACAUAGGUACACACUGACCUGUGCUCAGUGAGAGGAGUGCAGUGCUGAAAUUACAAUGUGAACUCGACGACUGCUGUUUACAGAUGACACUUUAAAUUUCUCCGUCUCUCCAAAUGCCUUUGCUAACAGGAGUCACCCCCAGAAAACCAAAUGCAACGUGAACUCUCCCGAUUAAAAGCGUCCCCUCUCGCUCUUUCCACAGCAGUAAUUAAUUCUCCACCAUCAGAACGCGUGGCAGCGCCUCAUCUUUACUUGUCGCAGUCGCUGGCUUUCUCUUUGGGGCGUUUCCGCUUUGCAGGCUGUGUGGACAAAGCCCAGAGCCCUCCCCGCCUGCCCUCAGCCCCGCUGUUGCUCCUUCUGCUCAGGACCGAGCCGCGUGCAUUUUCCUCCGUUUUUCCCUGAGGCCCUGUCCCCGUCCUGGGAUCCCGCCGGGGGUGACGGUAGCCUCUGCCGUGACCGGUUCUCAGACUCUCGUCUCUGCUGCCCCGACAGCUGCUCAGAGGCCGUGGAGGCGUCUGCCUGAUGUUCUCCUGACUGCAUGGGAUCAUGGCAGGGGGAGGGGAGCCCGAGGAAAAGUGCCGUCUCCUUCUGUCCCCACGCUCUGCGAAUGUUAGUGUGACCUUGGUCACUGGCUGAUGCAGCAUGUGGGGGUCGCUCCCGGUCCCCUGUGGCCUUUGGAAGGAAGUCCCUGCGCACAGCCACCCAGAGAUUGUCUCUUCUCUCUCCCAUUCACUGUCCCACUUUGAAUGUCACCUGAGGAGCAAUUGGGCAUUUGGUGGCCUCACGAUUGGCUAGAUUGUCAGGGAUGAUCAGGGAAAAAAAAAAAAAAAAACAGUGAUGUUUGGGUUAAUUUGUUGUUAGUAUGUUCAAUACAUAGACUCUGUAAUCCCCAAUCACAAUUUUUAAGUUCUUGUUUUAGGAAAGCUAGGUGAGAAAGCAUUCCAGAACCCCCAUCAAGACUCUGCUCUCAAAUAUUUGCUGAAAUCAGAAUUUAAUUUUCAGUUAAAGAAAAUCCUGGAAGGGGAUAUGUUAAAAUCAUUGCUUAAAAAUAGCUACUUAGAUCAGUCUUGUAAGUUAAAGAAAAUGACCAAGUUUUUAAAAGUACAUUCCAAAAUCUAAAUGGAUGUGUUUUAUUUGGGCAAUUAACCCAUUUUUUGUUUAUGAAGACAAAUCUUGUUUUCUUUAUAAGGAUGGACUCCGUACAUAUUAAGGAAAAAAAAAAUUUUUUUUUAACGCCAAAGCUGAGACUCAAGGGUCUUUGAAAUUUUGCCUUGAUAUACUCAUUAGGAAAUUCCAUGUAAUUUUGUUGAAGUAUGUUAGAAAGGCAUCCCACGUGAGAAGGAAAAACUGUCAUUCUGGUUGUUAACCUGCUGGACAAAUAUUCCUAAUUUUUGAAAAGAAUGUAAAGCCACCCUUUAACGUGAUUGUUGGUACUUUGCCCUUGAGAAUCCAGAGUCUGGAAAAUGGGCCCGUUGUGAGUGUAACAGAGGCAAAAUGGGGGUUUUAGUCCAUUUGCUCACUAAGCUUCAUGGUCUCAGAAACAGGAGUUCUUUUUCUGUCUUUCAGUCACUUCACCAGAUGUCUGACUGCACUACUGUGUGUGGUGAGGGAUGUAUCCCCUGACAAGUGACAUUUGUGUCAAAGGAUCUUAAAUCGGAUUUGUGCCUUAACUUACAAAAUCAGCUCUUACAUCCCACGCUCCAAACAAAAGCAAAAACUCUCCAUGUUAUUCUUGGAGAGAAUCCAAAAGACUAGUAGCAAGUAUUCCCAUUUCAGACCAUUUGUAUUUUGAGUAUUCAAAGUCUGCUCUUAAACUAGACUCCCAGUGUUAGGUUGGCUACAGGGAAAUGAAGUGAAAUUAAGAUGAGUUCUGAAAUAAAAGUAUUACCUUAUUUCCCUACUAUGUUCAUAUUUGCUAUUUUAACCGAACCAGGUAUUUGUAAAUGCCUCUGUGGUUUGAAUUCUUCUCCUCCCCCUAAAGCAGCAACCCCUGUUCUACAAACAGAAUUGUAUAAACACAUCAGACCUCCGGCUCUGGUAUCCAGGCUUUAUCCCACCCCAGCUUUUAGCCUCUUGCCCUCAUUACUGCAUCCAUGGCAUUUCAGGGGACAGAAAUGUGAAUUAGGAGCUACUGUUUUGCUAAGUGAGAGUAUUUAUUGUUAAGUGAUAUAUUUGCAUGGUUACCUACUUGAGCAUAUUUUAGAAAAGCACCAAAAUAUAACAUGAUUAUUUUCCUGAUUAAAAAUCAGUCAUUCACUUAGGAAACAUUUAUUGACUCUUUGUGCCAGUUACAUGCAAGAUCCAGUAACUGCGGAUGUGGGAGAAUAAACGAAUUGACCUAGUUCCCGUUCCGAAGAACUAAUUACAAGGCAAAGGAACCACCCAUCUCUGCUAAUAAUAACGUAUUCUGCUUUGAAGUUAUUCAGUCCCAAUUUGAUCACCAGAAAAGAUCUUUUAAAAGCUGCUUGAUCUAAAACAUGCUCUAAGUGCAGAACCAUUGUACCGCCUCUAAUUUCACUAACCGCCUCUUCUCUCGAUGGUACGAAGUACGGGAAUGCUGCUAGCCGAGAUGACCUGCCUCUACAGGACAGAUGCAGAGACUCUUAGAGCUGCGUGUUCUUGUUCCUCUGGCUUUUGUCAUCACCCAGGUCCCCUCUUGCAGGCAGCAAGGCUCCGAGCGGGAACAUGCUCCCGGGAACUGCUAGGGCCACCUCUCUCCCUUCCGCAGUAACCCAGCACGCGGAUGCCUGCUGAGGCGGUCUCGUUGCACCAUCUUCGUCUUGGAAACAGCAUUCUCUAGAAACACCCCCCCACACACUUAAACUAAAACUGUAAGUGCCCGUGCUGUGCUUAGGAUUCUGUGUUCAUAUCCUAAUAAAAAGGACCCAGGAAUGCUAGGAAAGAAGUUUUCUGAAAUAAGGUGAAGAAGUAGACUGCGGAGCAAAAGGACAAAGCUGUGACGAGUCUCAUCAUGAGUAGAUCUUCCGUCUUUUCUAGAAAAUCUGGAUUUUCAGGAAAAGAUUUCUUUUCACAAAUAAAUUUUCUAAUGUGAAUUCCAUUUUGUUUUUAGCAUAAACGAUCCUGAUUCUGGGUAGGUAUUGGUCGAUCAGAAUAUAAAUUUAAGAAUGUAAAAUGAAUACCAAACCCAAUGCCUCCAAAGCACUUCUUCACGUAGGAACUGGUUUUUACCAACUCUCAGUAUUGACGUCUUUCCUGUGUCAAGCCCGGAGAAUCUGUAUUCUGUUUCUUAAAGUUUAAGAGGCAGAGUUGUUUGAGCAAAUCAGUUCACAGUUUGAUUUGGUCAAGAUAGGAAAUUAGGUGCAUUUAGGAAGAAACAUUUUAUUUUGAAAAUGAUAGGAUUUGUGCAAUAUUUUUCUUGCAUAAUUUAGUUCAUAUAAAUCUGCACAUCUGCUGCUCUAGCAGGUGCCUUAAGGUCAUAUUUUUCAGUAUUUGUGUAAAACAAUAUGUAGCAAUGUUCUAUGUGAUUUUAGAAAAAAUUCUUUAUACUGUUGGCAAGAGAAAUGUUUUUGUUUAUUUAAAAUAAUUAUGACUAUUGCAUUAUUGUAUCAUAACUAACUGCCUCAGCAACAAUAAAUAUGCAAUAAGAAAAUCCUGAACCUUAGCUCUAGUAUUGAUAAUACUGUUACUUUAGAAGAAAUGUAGAUAGUGCAAAAUGCUGACUCUUCAUGCGUACGUUUAACAGCUCCUUGGUUCUGUACCACGUAAAUCUAGAUGGCAUUUGUAUGGUGAUGACAACACAUACGUCGAUUGUAAUAUCCUCUGUGAUGAAUCUUCAGAUUUAUAAAGGGCAUUGCCAAUACUCUGUCUGUAAAUUAAGUUAAUUUUUGUAUAGUGUACAGUUUGUUUAACCUUAGAGCUUCUAUAGAUUUCUACUUUUUAUUGUACUUGAAUGAGGCAGAAAAGCACUGUGGAAAAUCUGUAGCUCUAGGUGCAAGACACAAACAUACCAAAAAAAAAAAACAAAGCACGGUACUCCUGGACGGCUGCUCUCCCCGAUGCCUGCCGUCCAGAAAGCUCUGUUCUUUCAAACCGUACUUAGUGAUUUAAAAUACACAAUCUUUUAUCCUAAAAGAUUGCCAAGUCACAAAUGAUUACCUCUUCCACAGCUCAGCCUCUGAGUCUCUUCGUCUCUGUGUCACUUCGUGUCUCAGAAGAGCCUUGUCGAGGACAUGACAGACCCACUCUGGCUGAUGACGCGACGUGCAGCAUGGGACGAGGUCAGGGCUCUGUGCCUCCUAAAUGCUCCGGGUGUGUCCCUCCAACAGUCCAGUUUCCAUGGGGACUAUUUAAUCAUCAUACACCAAAAAUGAUAUCUCUUGAAUCUGUCAUGAUUCAGUACAUACAGCAAUGCCUACAACAGCCAACAGGCAUGAACUGCAUGAAGCCUGUAGUUUAAAACACAUAAAGUUUUUUUUUUUUACGCAAAAGGUACAUAGGGUUAAAAAUUGAACUUUUCCAAAGCUUAUUUCUCUGGCUUUAAAUGCAUAACUGUUUGAAAGGACUGAAAACCUUGAGCUUUUUGCUAGACGGGGUGACAGACAUCCGUACGCACCUGCCCAGCACUGAGAUGUGCUUUGCUGUCGUGCAUCCUUGAGGCUACAGGAAAAAUCAUCUCACACGUUGACUACUAUCGGGAGGACACUGUGUAGAAAAGUACUGUUUGGGGAAUUUAAAAAAAUAUAUGCAAAAGUAACUAUUGGAUGGACGACGCAUUACCAUAAAGUGCCCGAAAUGCAGGUUUAAAAUAAAAUUGGUCAUAAUCGAAA